GCUCAAUUACAUAUAUUGCUGCUAAAGACAAUUAAUAGAAAGCUGCCUACUGCUUCAUUGAAGUGCUAAAUAAUAAACGACAGCACAAGCCCACAUACAACUUGACUUUGACUGGCGUGGCCUGCACUUGACGUAACUUUGGGCCAAGUUUGUUGUGAAUGGUCGAAAAGUGUUCGGAAACCUGUUUGCAAGGUGUUUCGCAUAAACUGCAGCAGCAGCAGCACUCUGGGCGGCAAAGCAUAAAGCGUCAGACACACAAACACAGACACGUGCAUAUAUACAAAAGCAAUCGGCUCGGCAAAAGAAAGUUUUGACGCAAUCGAAUGGCCGCUGCUUGUAAUUUGUAAUGAAGAAGCGUCGUCGUCGUCUGGAGUUAACAGUUAGCGCUGCACUCUGCCAGCGGACAGUUGUGGACGACAAGUUAGUGGAUAUUUAAAAUAUUUCAGAAAUGCCAUUGAAGACGCAGCCGCAGCCGCAGCAAUAAAAAGUGAAAUCAGCACACACAAACACACAGCGCAUACAUAUACAGAAACGCCAGUGGAAGCCAUUGACUUAUAUUUUGGCAGCUUGAAGCGACAGUGUUUGCGUUAUGACGCCUGCGGUAACAAGUGGCGGCAGUGGCGCUGCCACGCCCACAGUGAGCAAUGUUGGCACGCGCCGCAAGCACAGCACGCGAGAGCAACUACACCAGAUUGUGGCUGGCGGUACGUCGGCGGCAAUAACACGUUCCACUUGCCAGCCAUUGGAUGUGCUCAAGAUACGCUUUCAGCUGCAGGUGGAGCCGCUGCGAGCCACAGGUGCACCACUUGCUGGUCAAGUGCUUGCCACCUCCAAAUACACAUCCAUUAGUCAGGCGGUGCGCACAAUUUAUCGCGAAGAGGGCUUCUUUGCUUUCUGGAAGGGUCACAAUCCGGCGCAAGUCUUAAGCAUUAUGUAUGGCAUCUGUCAAUUUUGGACAUAUGAACAACUGAGCCUGCUGGCCAAGCAAACCAAUUACCUCAAGGAUCAUACGAAUCUAUCAAAUUUCAUUUGUGGUGCUGCGGCGGGUGCUGCCGCAGUUAUUAUAUCUACACCAUUAGAUGUGAUACGCACACGACUGAUUGCGCAGGAUACGAGCAAAGGAUAUCGCAAUGCCACGCGUGCUGUUACGGCCAUAGUCAGGCAAGAAGGAGCACGUGGCAUGUAUCGUGGCUUAUCCUCAGCUCUACUACAAAUUGCGCCGCUAAUGGGCACCAACUUUAUGGCCUAUCGCCUGUUCAGUGAGUCGGCCUGCAACUUCUUCGAGGUGGAGAAUCGCAGCAAGCUGCCGACUUGGACGCUUUUGGUGCUAGGCGCCUCAUCGGGCAUGCUGUCCAAGACUAUAGUAUAUCCCUUUGAUUUAAUCAAAAAGCGUUUGCAAAUUCAAGGCUUCGAACGCAAUCGUCAGACCUUUGGGCAGACUUUGCAAUGCCGUGGCGUCUGGGAUUGUCUGCAGCAAACGGUGCGGCAGGAGGGCGUUCGUGGCUUAUACAAGGGCGUGGCUCCCACGCUGCUCAAGUCAAGCCUAACGACAGCCUUGUAUUUUAGCAUUUACGACAAACUUAAGCAGGUGCGAUUCUAAAGAUUCGCAUCGGAGCACACAACUCUACUAUACAAUAGUUUAGGUAAUUGCAACAUGGAAACGCACAGAAUCUAUUUUUUAUAUAUGCAAUUUACAAUAUGAAAAACGACGCUGUUAAAUGAUAUUAAGCAUAGUUUCGUUGUUAUUUAGUUACGGGUUUUUGUUGUAUGCUAAUAAGGAACAUAAAAUACAAUACCUUAAUUUAUAAGAUAUGCACACGAAAAAAUAAAAUACCGUGCAUAAUCACAGUAGUAAUUACGCCGUUAUUUUAUUUUUAAAUAAAUUAACUGACGACCUAUUUUAUAAUUUCAAAACACACAUCCAUGGGCGUACCCAAGAGAGAAAAAUUGGGACGCAG